UAUUGGAAGUUUUGAGAAAACUCAUGGUCAGUUCUCUGUUUUCCAUUUCGAACUCUUUCCAUUCUCCUCAGUCAAUUCGUUAAUUUCAUUAAGAAUUAUGAUCAAGCUUGAAACUUCUCUGUGGUACAUAAGUAUUUUUUUAAGAGGAUUGUCGUUUUGGCCGCUGUCCUCGGAAGCUUCAGUUGUCACAAAAACGAUAAGCCUCGCUCACUUUAUGCUAAUCUUUUUUGCUGCUACUUUAAUGUUUUUCCAAAUUUUGGUGUAUGUUUAUCAGAAUUCAAUAAGUUCGCAGUUUAUCGCCGAGCAUGUCAGUACACAGCUCGCAUUUCUACAAUUAACGAUCAAGGUGGUAAUGUACAGAAUUCAUAAAGAGAAAUUAUGCAAACUCUUGAUGGAUGUAAAUCAUAUGAUAAAGAACGGUUCUCCAUGCCUGAGAAAACAUCUUGAGGGAUACGCGAGUACUUGUAACCUCGUUUAUUUUACAUACACAACCACAAUAUUCGUACUGGCUACAGACUACUGUCUGGUACCAUUCUUUAAGGCUGACAAAGAUCUGCCAAUAACAGCAUGGUAUCCUUUCGAUUACAAACAGUCAACCCUUCAUUAUAGUAUUGCUUAUUUGCAUCAACUGUGCGUCAUUGUCAUGUCUUGGCUUUGCUCUGGAGUAGAUGUGACCUUUGGUCUCCUUGUAUUUUGUUGCUGCGCACGAUACAAAGUCAUGCAAGAUAUACUAAAAAGUUUGAAGCAGCCAGAUAUGGAGUCCAUGAAAUAUGAAGAAAAUCAUGGAAAAAAUGAAUCUAAUGAUGAACAUGAUGAACCUAUUGUGGCGUACAGCAAAAAAAUUAAAAAAUUAGUGGACCUGCAUUGUCAAGUUUUCAAUUCAAUACGUGAUAUAAAUGAUAUACAUACAUGGAUAUUACUUGUACUAUUUCUUACGUCUGUGAUAAUGAUAUGUUGUGCUGGAUUACAAAUUACAAACGUAGCUGAACAAUCACUCAAUUCCAAAUUUGUAUUCUCUUGUCUGGUAUGCUGUGUUCUAUUGGAAUUACUCUUUUACUUUGUGCCAGGUGACAUCCUCGUCACAGAGGCAAAUGCUUUAGGGUUGGCAGCCUAUUGUAGUUCUUGGGAGUCAAUGCCACCCAACCAUCGAAAUUCUAUCUUGUCAAUUAUGUUGCGCUGCGCAGCGCCACCAAAACUACAGGGUGCACGAGUCAAGACCCUUAUUCUACAAAAUUAUGGUUCUUUUUUGGCCACUACAGCUUCUUACUUCACAUCUUUACAAGCUAUUGCUGGAGUUGAUGGAUCGAAAUAGUAGUAAAUUUACGAGUCAUAGCUCUUGUGAGUCUUAAAUUGUUGUUUUAUUUUGGUUUUCAGACAGCAAA